AUGCUUCGCACUGGCUUCCACAGUGUGCUGACAGUGGAGGGCCUUGGUGGCCUUGGCAUUGAAUUUGCUUCAAAAUCUCUAUUCAGCAGCCUAUUAGAUAAUUGGCAAAGUGUUGAAGAGACUAAAAGGCGUUCCUUGUUUCUCGCUUGUUGCAAGACAUGGAAGGUUCCUAUUCUGGCAAUCCUGGUUCCUCGUGUAUGCGUCACGGGCCUCAAGUUUGCACAGCCUUUUCUCAUGCAGGCUAUUAUCGACUCUAUCGGCAACUUUGACGGCAUCGCCUCCAGCUUUCCUGCUUUUAUUGAGAUGCCGUUUACGGUGCUGGAUUGUGGAGUUGGAAUGUUCUUCCUAUCCCGCUUCACUGGUUUAUCCUGCCUCGCCAUAUUCGUGCCCCUCAUAGCAAGUACUGUAUUGGGCUUGUUAUUUGGCAGGCCCUCGACAUCUGCAUUGAAGCUUUGGAAUGAGAACAUCCAGGCACGAGUGGCCAAAACCUCACGAAUGCUAUCUCAGCUUCCCGCAAUCAAGGCUCUUGGGCUGGGGCCUAAAACUGCGGAAUUCAUCCAGUCUCUUCGAGUUACGGAGAUAGCUUCAUCGAAAAAAUACCGGGUUAUCCAAGCCAUCUCUACAGCACUUGCUGUUGUAGUAGAUCUUGUGACGCCAGUGGUUGUUGUAGCAGUCGCGCUGUUCACCUCGGCACUUGGACACAGGAUCUCUGCACAGGUCCUCUACCCAACUCUAGGUAUUGUCUCAUUGGUUCAAGGUCCCCUCGCCGAACUGUUGAAGGGAUAUCCAACAAGCAUGGCCAUGAUGGGCUGCUUCGAGCGAAUUGAGGCAUUCUUGUGUCUGGAAGAUCAUAAGGAUCCACGCGUGGUUGUGUGUUCUGACCCCCCACAGGCUUCUGGAGAAGGUCAAAUACUGGAAAAACUACCUGCUACGGCUUUUCAGAUACCACAGCAAGCUUCGACCCAUAUCAUUCGCUUCGAUAAGGCUACUAUUGCUCCCCGUGGCUCAGACACACCGGUUCUCAAUUACAUCGACCUGGAGAUUAUUUCAGGCUCAAUCAAUGGGGUUUAUGGCCACACUAGCUCUGGGAAAAGCACCUUUUUGGAGAGCAUCUUAGGCGAAGCCGAGAUUCUUGACGGUACGCUUUACGUCGAUAAUAUAACAAUAACCGUAUGUGCACAACGGAUAUGGCUGCCAAACACUUCAUUUCGCGAGUGCAUUAUCGGAGAUUGCGAAUAUGACCGGGUUUGGUUCAAUAUUGUUGUUACGCGCUGUGGGCUACAGCAAGACCUUGCAGCACUGCCGAAUGGUGAAGACUACGUUAUUGGUAGUGAUGGUGUCGCACUAAGCGGUGGUCAAUGCCAAAGGAUAGGGAUUGCAAGAGCGGUGUAUCCACGCCCAAGAGCGAUAAUACUUGACGACGUUUUCAGCUCCAUUGAUAGACGGACUGCUCUCGACAUUUUGACCGGUCUCUGUGGCGAGAAUGGACUUCUACGAAACUCCGGAUGCACAGUCAUCAUGGCCACCUAUCUGCCCGAGUCUCUGGAUUUUGUGCAAAAUCUGAUUCUUCUAGAUGACGAUGGUGCAGUCACCUGUGAGCCCCGCUGGAAGCCCAACGGCAAACCAUCAGAAACUGCCGUCUUUCUCCAACGAUGUAUGCUACCGCAGCAAGACGUUGCCGCGCGACAAGAACUACCGCACGAGCGACCUCGUGCUACUGCUAUGUCCUCGCGAGCCUCUGCGCCGCCUCGGGAUUCAACGCAAGGGGAUGUAGGCAAGGGUCGCGGCAAAGGUGAUUUUACACUUUACCUCUUGUGGUUCAACGCUAUCGGAAGCCUGAUAUCAACGUUUUGGGCUUUAUUGGUGUUGCUGAUGGGGACCACGGAAGUCUUCACGUCCAUUUACGUGAGAAUCUGGAUCGCAGUCGCACCAUCUGAUCGACUCUUCAUCAUCGGCUAUGCCAUGGUUGCCUUAUCGUCAGGACUUUUGUGCGGACUGUGUAUCUUUUUGAACCAUGUUCAUUUGUCACCUCGCGCUUCCCUUGCCUUACAUGACACGUUGACAACUACGGUCGCACAGUCCACACUCGGCUUCUUAAGCACUACAGACUCUGGCUCCAUCUUGAAUCGGUAUAGCCAAGACAUGGACCUACUUGCCAAGCAUAUACCUCAAGCCAUCUACGCAACUCUGUAUUGCGGUGCUACAAGUACAGUCCAGAUCGGUGUUAUCCUAUCUAGUGCGACUUAUAUGACGGCAGUUCUUCCGUUCAUAUUUAUUUCAGUUUUCUUCAUACAGCGCUAUUAUCUUCGCAGCUCCCGUCAGCUUCGACUUCUCGAGAUUGAAGCUCAGGCACCACUAGUCACUGAACUCCGGGAGACCGCAACUGGUCUUAUUUACAUAAGAGCUUUUCGCUGUCAGGAACACAGCUUCAAUCGCGGUCUACGACUGUUGGAUUUAUCCCAGAAACCCUUUUAUUUUCUGCUUUGCUCUCAAGCUUUCCUCGCCCUGACCUUGGAUCUCCUUGCUUCCGCCGUGGCGCUCAUUCUUGCAAUAGUCACACUUUUCGCACGCAAUCCCUCGCAGAAUGCAACAGGCCUGGCAUUUUUGCUCCUGAUUAAUAUUGGCACUAGUUUUAACCGGUUUGUGACCUACUGGGCAAUGUCGGAAACGUCAGUUGGAUCUCUCUCAAGGCUACGAGACUUUUUCGACCACACGCCAAAAGAACCCAGCAACAGAGCCACUGUGGAUCUACCACCAGACUGGCCAUCUAAUGGUGUCAUACAAAUCAACAAUGUCACCGCUCGGUAUAGAGUCAAGAAGGAAGAGCUCGAUGACUCAGUUCUCCACGAUCUUUCUCUUGCCAUUGAACCGGGGAAGAAGAUUGGUAUAAUGGGAAGAACUGGCAGUGGUAAAUCGUCACUAUUGUCCACACUCCUGGGCUUUCUUGAGUACGAGGGUUCCAUCUAUAUUGAUGGCGUGGAUAUCAAGAAAGCAGAUCCUGACCAGCUCCGUUCUCGGAUUAUUACAAUUUCGCAGGACAUAGUCGAGCUGGAAGGCACUAUCCGGGAUAACCUCCUCCCCUUCGACAAAUUAUGGAGUGCUCCGAGCGGUACUAUUGACGAAAAGGCCAAAGAGAAAGCAGAGCGAAGAGACGCGGUGGUUCGAGAGACUCUUGUUCGUUUGCGAAUCUGGGAUCGGCUAGUGAAGCAUGGCGGACUAGAUGCGAAUCUAGAUGCGGUCGGGUACUCUCGGGGAGAAAAACAGCUGAUGUGUAUCGCAAGAGCUGUCGUGCGCCGACGACUCACAGGCAGCCGACUCUUAUUGGUGGAUGAGGCAACGGCGAACGUUGAUCCCUGGCGCGACCAAAUCGUGCGUGAAAUGAUGAAAGAAUACUUCAGGGGGUGCACCAUAAUCGUGGUUGCGCAUAGGACAGAGACGAUUGCAGAUUCAAAUCGCACCGUCCACAUGGCAGGCGGGUAUAUUGAAAAGGUUGAAAAUCACUGGUAG